GCUAACAGGCUUCCCAAAUGCUUAAUGUAAUCAUGGGCCAGCUGCGUGCACUUGUAAAGUUGUUAUAACCCCCUCCUUGUUAUAAACAGGAAAGCGCAGAAUAUAAAGCAAGAGACCCGCAUUCACAAAUACCAGCUCUCCCGCGCCAGCUGCCAAAUUCCCCUUUUAUGGUGUUCCUCCUUGCAAUCUCAGCCCCAUCAGAAAGACCGUAGCUUCUCCCCCUCGACUCUCCAAAAGGGGUGAUUUUGAAACUUGCCCCCAACCAAGCUGUGGACCCGCUACUGCACACCUUUGCCAACUCUCAGUGCCCUGUGCCAUCGGCAUCGGAAAAGCUGGGCUCCUGGGGUCCUCUUCUUGGAUCCCCAGGGAGCCCUAGGGGGACAGGCCUGCCCGUUUUUGGGAUGCGAGGCCCCUGGGGAGUACACCCCACCCCCAGUUCCUCCAGGGCAUCCUGAGGAUGUCUCCCAGGAGGGCUGCAUCCUCUUCUAAUCAGACGUUCAUCUAUCUCCUCUCCCCUGCUAAAAUAUCUAAGAGCUCUCCAAGACCUCAGAAGGCAUUUAUGAGACUGUGUCAUCUCUCCAUCUCCUACUAAGCCUGGGAGAAGAAGAGGUCUUUUGUGGGAGGCCAUGGGAUUUCGGGGGCUCCCCUAGGCCAGAGGUAAAACACCCCUGCGCCCCUCCCACCUCCACCUCGUCUUCCUGGCGGGGCAGACCCUGCUCCCGAGCCACCUCGAUCCACAUCCUGCCUGACUGACUGUGUGUGCUUACAGCGUCAAGGGGUGGACGUGAUAUUUCAAACAUCAGAUCAGUGCGUUUAUAUAUUGGGUGCCCGGAAAUUUUUCCAAAUAAACACAGCUUGAUUCAACUUGGGUGGGCGGACUUAUCAACAGACUAAUUCUAUAAACAAAUGAAGGAAUAACCCUGAAACCGAUUGGCUGGUAUCAAAAAGACACGUGGAGGGAAAAGCUUGGAGUUUUUCAGCAAUGAAAUUUUAAUUAAUGUGGGUGGGCUGAGAACACAGCGACUGUUUAUCAUAGACAAUUUAUUUUCCAGCGCUAAGUCAACAUAUAAUAGCAAACUUACAACAAUUAUUUAACAUUUUUAAAGCCAUGAAGAAGGGACAGAGCGCGGAGCGGCUGGGGAGAGCGGCAGAGCGGGAGGCAGACGCAGGGCAGGCUCCCCGGGAGGGCCCUUGCGGCGCGGGGCGCAGUCCCUAAGCCGCCCGGUCGCCGGCGUCGCCGGGAGCGCAGCGCGGGCUCCCGCUCGCCAUGAGCCACCUCUUCAGCCCCCGGCUGCCUGCUCUGGCCACCUCGCCCAUGCUCUAUCUGUACGGCCCCGAGAGACCCGGGCUGCCUCUGGCCUUCGCCCCCGCGGGCGCGCUGGCCGCCUCGGGCCGGGUGGAGCCCCCCCAGAAGCCUCCCUACAGCUACAUCGCGCUCAUCGCCAUGGCGAUCCAGGAUGCGCCUGAGCAGAGGGUCACACUCAACGGCAUCUACCAGUUCAUCAUGGACCGCUUCCCCUUCUACCACGACAACCGGCAGGGCUGGCAGAACAGCAUCCGCCACAACCUCUCGCUCAACGACUGCUUCGUCAAGGUACCCCGCGAGAAAGGGCGGCCCGGCAAGGGCAGCUACUGGACACUGGACCCUCGAUGCCUGGAUAUGUUCGAGAACGGCAACUACCGGCGCCGGAAGAGGAAGCCCAAGCCCGGCCCUGGGGGCCCGGAGGCCAAGCGGGUCCGCGCCGAGACGCAGGAGCGCGUCGCAGAGGCGCCGCCUGAGGUGCAGAGCGCCGGAGGGCGCCCCCGCCCCGCGACCCCCAUCCAGGAAAGAGCGCCCGCGCGCCCCUCGCCCCUUCGGGAAGCCUCCUCUCCGCCGCCGGCGUCACUCCCCUGGCCCAGGCCAGGGUCCCCAGAGGGUGACGCGGGCGACACGCUCCAGGGCGCAGCGGCGGUGGCUGUCGGCCAGCCUGAGCGCACGGUGGACGGCCGAGGGACUCCUCCGCGCCCCACCUCCCGCAGCUCUCCGAAGAGCUCGGACAAGUCCAAGAGCUUCAGCAUAGACAGCAUCCUGGCCCGACGGCAGGGGCAGAAGCCGGCUGGAGGGGGUGAGCUCCUGGGGGUCGCCAAGCAGGGGCCCGGCGGCUGUCUGGGCGCCUCGCUUCUGGCCACCUCCUCCAGCCUCCAUCCGCCUUUCAACGCUUCCCUGAUGCUCGACCCGCACGUCCAGGGUGGCUUCUACCAGCUCGGGAUCCCCUUUCUCUCCUAUUUCCCCCUACAGCUCCCGGAAGCGGUGCUUCAUUUCCAGUAAAGCAGACGGCGGCUCCUUUCCCUCGCCCAGGUCUGAGCUCCGUGUGAGCGAGCAGGGCUUCCACUACUGGGAAAGAAGUCGCAUUUUUAAAUAAAUGAUUUCCUCUGCCUGCCUAUGGAUCGUGGGAAGUAUUAGCAUCCUCAGCUGCACGAGUGAGCACACUCCCCUGCCUCCUGCAAGACGGACCUUCCCAGAACCGGAGCAGCUUCGGAGAUUGAAAAGACCCUCCCCACGCUGCGACUUGGGCAUCUCAGACCUCCUACCGCAGGCACAGGAAAAUUCCUUGAACCUUAGGUCAGUCUGAUGGCAUGAUCUUCCACUAGCACCCAGACAGGUCCUGCGCGUCCGGAGGGAGUGGGGGAGGGCCCAGACAACCGGAGGGCAGACAGAUGGCCGCAGUGUGGUCCUUUCUGUCUAAGAGCCAUGGUCUGACCAUCGCUAGCUCGGCUGUUACUGUGGCCCGGGCGUUGGCUUUUGGCCCCACGGAGUGAUGGGUGUUCACAGCUGGGUUUGUCCCUAAGGUCCAGGUGUGGGGACACCAGGGCCAACCCGUUUUUUAGGUUCUUUAGCAGAUCCUAGGGCUUGGUGAGGACUUAGGACCAAUGUUCAGGCGGAAGCUGAGAGACCACACUUUCAUUGUAAAUAGAGAAAUCGUCUCUCUUUUCCUUUUAGAUAGUAAAAGGAACACGCUAUAUUCUUUGGCUAAAAGCUUGAUUCUUUUUACUAUAAGGGUUGCCCUGUGAACGUCUGUAUUAACAUCUGCUAUUAAAAAAGUGCACUCUGUGUAACUUAGCAUUUUGUUGCAUUACAAUAGAUAGCUCGAUAGGUCCUUAGUCAAUACACAUGCUCUCCAACGCCUGCUACCAACCACAGACAUCCUCCUUUCUCUUAGCUUUAUUGUUUAAGGGGUCAAAACAUUUCUAGGGACACCGGAAGUGCGCGAGGGUUAGGGAAUCUUGAUUGUUGCCACGUUUUCCAGAACUGUGUAGUGAAGGACUAUUUUUAAUCUGAAGAGUUGGGUGAAACAAGCACACGGAAAGCAAGUGAAGGUAGGGAUGGGUGAGCGCUUAGAAGAGCAAGGGAGUCCCCUGGGGUCUGCGGGGGGUGGGGGCGGGGGUGGGAGCAACUCUCCGGGUCCCCAGGAACAGCAGGCUUGGUGGGAGGCUCUCUGGCCAACUGCAGCUGCCUCCUCCCUCCAAGCGCCAGCCAGGCAGGCCCAGAGCCUGCAGCUAAACAAACACCUAUGGAGGUGACUGCCAGGCUGGGGCGAGGAGUGGGCGGGAGGGCAGGGGUCUGAGACAAAGAUGUGGUUAUGAAAACUGAGAUUUUCACAGCCCACUUCAGCUGGGAACUUUGGGGGAAUGCAUCUAAGCUCUCACAGUAUCUCUUCGGGUUGUUGUGGCGGUUCUGAGACUCGAUUUCCUGAACCUCCAAGCUAUUUUAAUUUUAUCAAAUGUGGGAAAAGCACAGUCAGUAGUUCCUGGAGGGAGGCGGAGAUGGGUCUUUGAGAUAAUUUUUUAAAGCAGAUUAAAGCAGUUUCCAGAACUUAUAUAAAAGUGAAUACAAACUUCACAUCUGAGAGCCUGUUGGUUCAUAUGCUGGAAAGGAUAUUUCAGACAAACAGAAUAAUUUAAGAAUUAGCAAGCACAGAGCUGACUGAGAAUUCAUGCUGAAGGCCAUUUGCUACUGACCCCCAGGAGCGUCCAUGUCCAAGUUCUGCCCAGGCUGGUGGGAACACUGUGGUGGGCGAGCUUCGGGGUCCUUGAUGUUAAGAACUCUGAUGAACCAUGCUGAGAUCCAAGAUCACUGUGAUUAACUUACAAUGUGCUGGAAGGGCCAUUGUUGGCUAUUUUGUUAUCCCAAAGUCUCAACCUCUGUGAAUAAAGUUGUUUUUUCAUUAACCUCUCAGGGACUGGUUCAGUGGAUUACUGGGGGGAAUAAGCAGUGUAACAGGAAAGGGGAGACUGGGAUCAUAUCUGGGAACCCCAGCAGUGUUUCCCGGGUUCUGGCUUCUGAGGGAGGAGGGCUCGUGCGUGGACUGGAGGGCAGGACGGAAAGCCCCAGGACUGGAGGGUGUUGCCUGAGGGUCCCCAAUAAGAUGAAGAUUCUGCUGAGUGGGAUAUUCUUUUAAUGUUUUCUCUUUAUGUUUGAUUUGCUAUCUUUUGUUAAUGUAUGAUGGCUCAUGUCUGGAGAAGCAAAUAUUCUAAUACUGUCAUUUAAAAAGGAUGGCAUCUUAGAGUUACAAUUCCAAAAAGCAUAAUACAGACAUUAUUUUUCUGGCGUAGAAGGAAAAAGGCAGGAGUAUGUGUCACUCCGUCAGUAUUUAUACAUACAUAAGGAGGAAUUCUCUUACCUCAGCCCCUCAUUCAUCUGGUUGAGGAAAGCAGACAGAAAUGGACAGUGGGAUCAUUUUCUGUGGAUUCUACACAAUUCCGUGUGUGCUACUCCCUGCUAAGGAGAAAGAGGCGCUUUGGGACUUAGGGAUCCAAAUAGCUGAUCUAAUGUCCCAGUUUUAGUCCUGUGCUCCUGAUUAUGGAUCAAUGAGACCAAGAACAGGUUUCCAGUCUUAAUAAAAGCAAAAUCAGCGAGAUUUUGAGUAAACUGGAAGCAACCAUAUUGUCCUGUUCUUGGGCAAUGCAAAGUAUGUCUCUGUGUUCUCAUCUACACAAAAGGAACAGAUUCUGUUUCCUGUAGGUGACCUUUCUCUUGUGUACACACACACACACACACGAGUACACUGAUCAUAAUGGGGGAUAUGGCAGGUGUAUGUACAAUGAUAAGUAAGUGUAUAUGUGUGUAUGUACACAUGUACAUAUCUGUAUAUGUGUAUAUAUACGUGUGUAUAUAUACUUUCUACACACACAAAUGGUCAGAAAUUCAUCUUUUUUGCAUAGUUGAGACAGAUAGACUCAGAUCAAGUGCUGAUUUCUUUUAGAAUAACCCAAGUACUGGCACUUUUGGAAAGAUUUUGUUUUGCUAUAGAAUUUGAACAAGGAAUAAUUUAGUUUUUUGCACUAUUAUAGUGAAACUAACAAAGACAUUAUAAGAGAGUCUUGGAAGACAUACCCAUCUGAGAUCUUUACUUCCUGGACUCUUGCAAGGGUGCGGGGACUCUGCAAGGGCCUUUGUGUUGUUUGUUCUUGGGUAUUUCCUGGCUCCUGUGGAAGCUGAUGGCCUCCUGGUUCUCACAUGCCCCACGAGGUUUUCCAGAACCGGAGGAACAGGAUAUGUCUGCCGUUUUCCAGUACAACCGCACCUCUCUGGAAAGGAGCCUACCUGCGGUCUCUAGCGUUUCACUAAGAGUGCUCAGUGUCUAUCCACGUGUGGGUUAAUGAAUCAACCACACUGGAUUUUAUUGUUACAGCCGAAGGCCGGAGCCCGUGGCCAGGAAUGCCCACGCCUGUGUGAGCGUCAUAACUCGGUGUGCUUCACAGCAGCUAGAAUCUUAUUUCCAUGAAGCAGGGUUUGUUUCGUACAGUCAAAAAUACACAUGAUCAUAA